AUGCCAUCGACUGCCGGCAGCGGAGAUAAAGUCGCAGAGUCUUUAUCGAACCUGGCUCUAGACCCGGCCAAAAGUAUCAGCGAGGCUUCAAAAGCAAAGAGCAAGAAGCAGCUGUUGGACUCAUGGGAGGACGAUGACGAGCAAUCGGAUUCAGAAGCUGAAAAUGAGACGAGCGCCCCAGCUCAAGCCUGCACCACGGGACUGUCAGCGCCUCCACCUACGCCAUCCAGCUCAAAAUACGGUUCCAUACCAGGAUGGAGUGAAGCCACCGAAGCUGCAGUCGAUAUCCCUCGCGGGGUGGAUGGGUUGAAAAGGCCAGAGAAGACAGAUGCUGUCGCUCGCCGCAUGAUUGCAGCAGGCCUUGGACUGAAGGCACCCAAGCAGACGGAGGAACAGAAGGCUUAUCAAAGAUCUAUACGCGAACAUGAAAGGAAGAAACGAGAACAACAGCGGACUGAGGAGCAGCGAAAGCGUGACGAAGUUGACAAAGCAAAAGCGGCAGUGUGGGACGACUGA